GCUCGCGGAUUGCGAGGGGGCGGUGCCCGAGCCAAGGGUGCGCCCGGAACACUUCAGUCCCCCUCACCUGGGUGCUUGCACGCCCACGUGUCGUGGCACUCUAUAGACUAAUCCGCCCUCGUACAAGCGGUGACGUAACACGCCAUCGGAUGUCAUUUCUGAUCCUAUGACGAUGGCCUCGCCCAUGGGGAGAAAGCCCACUACCUCGAGGGUGGAGAGCACCCGCCACAAGGAGACAACGUCGAUCUACGCGGAAACGUCAUCCCACCGCGUGGAGACUUCCUCUCGGCAGACACGAACGUCUUCGCGUCAGGUGGAGACCUCCCAGUGCCACCACGAGGGACCCUCCCCCGCCCUCUCUGGGAAGCGACUGCCUCGAGUCCUCGAGGUGUCCUCCCAGCACGUGGAAAGCUCCUCGCAGCGCACGGAAACGUCCUCCCGCCACGUCACGUCGUCGUCAUCGCUGCGGGUGGAGACAACCGUGCACCGCGUGGAGAGCCCUGCGCGCAGGGACAAGCAGGCCGCGCGCCAGAGCGCAAAGAUGGCCCGAUGAAAGGCUCCCUCAGCCUGGCCCCUAGCCAGGACAGAACUGCUUCCAGCCUUCAGCCAGCCGGCUGCCAGGGGAGCCCAGUAGCUUCAGUUUCGUGGAAACAACCCACAAAUCAAUGUGAGAAGCAGCCAAGCUGCGGGUGCCAGAACCCCGUCAACAUUUAUUGACCUUACGGCACCUGAUACCAAUUCUGCUUUUAACCCAGUGAACUAUUUAACUUGAAGCCAGCACAAAAGGUUUUCAAACCCAGAUACUGUAUAAACUGGUCGGAUGGAUAAAGAAGCUGUUUGAGUCAGUGCCAGGUGAGUUUUGGGCUCUUAUGCCCCCCAGAAGACAUCUUCCCCUUGCAGUUUAAAAAGAGGAGCCAAACUGGUCUUGAAUUCAUGACCAGUGGUGUGAUUAUAGACCUACUUUUAAGUUUACUACAGAGCAAGGAAUAGUCUUCCAUAAGUUUAUUGCCUUUUAUUUGUGUUUCAUAAUUGGUUUUCUUAUGCAGUGUUGAUGCAUGAUACCCCCACUCACAUGCGUUUUAAAAAAUUAUUUUUAAUGUGUGUGAACAUUUUGCCUGAAUGUAUUUAAGUGGACCACGUGUGCGCAAUGCCCACAGAGGGCAG